GAGGGGAUAUCUUUCCGUCGUUUUUAUAAUUUAAAAAUGAGGACGGAGGGUAUUGUUUAAUAUGUGAAAUAUUACAUACUGUUGAUGAUGGAUAAGAAUUGUACCUUCAUUAGUUAUAAUUGUAGAUCGGUAAGACGAUCUGUGGAUUGCAUUCGUGCAUUAUGUAAACAAGGUGAUAUAAUAGCACUUCAAGAGACUUGGUGUAUGCCCCAUGAACUAUCUUUUUUGGGAACCAUUGAUGACAACUUCAGCUACACUGCUACUUCUGCUGUGGAUACGACAUCGGGAAUGUUGCGGGGGAGACCGCACGGAGGCGUAGCUCUUCUAUGGAGAAAGAGCAUCUUUCCAAAUGUAACAGUGAUACAGUGUAAAAGUGUACGUCUAUCGGCUAUAAAAGUAUCGACUGCGACGAGCAGAUCGUUUAUUGUGUUUUCUGUGUACAUGCCUGUGGACGUAACUGAAAAUCUAGCGGAGUUUACGAGUUGUCUCGGUGAGAUUAGUGCCAUUAUAGAGAGUUGUGAUUUAGAGUCGAUUUAUAUUAUGGGAGAUUUCAACGCGCACCCGAGUGAGGCGUUUGGUAAGGAACUUAUAAACUUUUGUAGUGAACAGAAAUGGAUUUGUGUGGAUCUUGAACGGUUAGGCAUAACAUCUGACACCUACACAUACAUAAGUGAUUCGCAUGGCUCUAGAAGGUGGUUAGACCACUGUCUAGUAACGGAAAAUGCCUGGAGUACUGUAACUAAUAUUAAUGUUAAGUAUGAUGUAUAUUGGUCUGAUCAUUUCCCUCUAAUAUUAAGCUGUAAUAUCAAUAUGAUUAGCCCUAAGAUAGUACAUAGUGUUAGAGUUCCUAAUAAAAUAGUGUGGGGUACUAGAGAUACAAAACAAAUUGAGCAGUAUAAUAAAAUAUGUAAUAGUUUAUUUAGAGAUUUAGAUUAUCCGACUGAGUUUACUGGCUGUGAUGGAAAGUUGUGCAAUAAUGUAGAUCAUAAAGUGAUAAUUAGUAAUAUGUAUAAUAAUAUUGUGAAAAUACUGAGGGAGGGGGCGGUACGCAGUUAUAUUCUUCACAAAAAGAAACCCCGGGUAAUAGGGUGGAAUAAACAUGUCCGUAGUGCUCAUGACCAGGCCCGUAUAGCUUAUUUGACCUGGAUUCAGUGUGGCAAACCCACUAUUGGUCCAAUCUAUAAUAAUAUGUGCGAAACAAAAAGGGUUUUUAAAUCUAAAAUAAAGUGGUGCCAGAAUAAUGAAUUACAACUUCAGGUGGACAUGUUAGCCACGCAUCACAAAGCGAAAGAUUUUAAUAGUUUUUGGAAACUUACGAACAAACUUGUGCCAAAGAAUAGUUUACCCGUGAGCAUGAAUGGUAUUUGUGAUCAUAAAGGCAUCUCUAAUUUAUUUAAGGACCAAUUUAUGGUACAGCCUCAGCCCUGUAACAUCCAAGGGGCGCUUUCUUCAAAAAGACCUCGUGCUGAUACUGUCAUGUCCGACAUGAAUACUUUGGUUCGUGCGAAGGAUAUUGUAGCAAUAAUUAAUGGUAUGAAGAGAGGGAAGUCACCUGGGCAUGACGGUCUCAGCAUAGAGCAUUUGAGGUUUGCUGGCAAACAUCUUCCGCGAGUUUUGGCGAUGUUUUAUAAUUUUUGUAUCAGCCACUCAUAUCUCCCUGAUGAUUUAAUGAAGACGGUUGUUGUACCAAUCAUCAAAAACAAAACAGGUGACGCCUCCGACGGGUCCAACUACAGGCCCAUUUCGCUAGCUACUAUCUUAGCGAAGGUGCUGGACAGUCUGCUUGAUAAGCAAUUGAAUAAGCAUAUGUCAUUAAGUGACGCUCAGUUUGGGUUUCAAUCCAAACUAUCUACUGAGACUGCUAUUCUUUGCCUCAAGCAUACUGUUCAGUACUAUACGAGCAGAAAAACGCCAGUAUAUGCCUGUUUUCUGGACCUGUCGAAGGCAUUUGAUUUAGUGUCAUAUGACAGACUAUGGGAAAAGAUGUUAGCAGAAACAACUGUGCCAGAGGUUACUAUUAAUCUGUUUAGGUAUUGGUACAGCAAUCAAAUGAAUGUUGUGAGGUGGGCAGACUCAUAUUCUGACGAGUAUAGAUUAGAUUGCGGAGUCAGGCAGGGGGGUAUAACCUCGCCAAAAUUGUUUAAUCUGUAUAUUAAUGGGCUGAUCGUUGAACUCAGCAAAGCCAAUGUUGGGUGUUCCAUCAAUGGAAACACGACAAAUAAUAUUAGCUACGCAGAUGACAUGGUUUUGCUGAGUCCUUCGAUCAGUGCAUUGAACAAAUUGAUUCGAAUUUGUGAAGCAUAUGCGGCGGCUCAUGGGCUCAAGUACAAUAUUAAAAAAAGUGAAUUAAUGCUUUUUAAAGCGGGCACUAAAAGUUAUGACGUUCCACCAGUCCUACUUAAUGGAUCACCACUAACAUGGGUCAAACAAUUUAAGUACUUGGGUCACUGGGUCGUAGAUAGUCUGAGUGAUGAUAUGGAUCUGGAGAGGGAACGUAGGGCACUGUCGGUUCGAUGCAAUAUGCUGGCUCGUAGGUUUGCACGUUGUUCAAAACCAAUUAAAAACACGCUAUUCAAAGCGUACUGUCAAUCUUUUUACACGUGCAGCCUAUGGGUCAAGUAUACGCAGAAGGCCUACAGUGCCUUACGGGUCCAGUAUAAUAACGGAUACAGGAUGCUGUUGGGUCUACCUCGCUUCUGCAGCGCUUCGGGGAUGUUCGCAGAGGCUCGUAUAGACGACUUUUUUGCCAUAAGGCGAAAAAGAAUUGCAUCCCUAUUGCGGCGGGUGAGGGAUGGCGCUAACAGUUUUCUGGCCGUUGUAUCUCAGGACAUAAAUAAUGAUAUCAUGAGGCACUGGAUGGCUAUACAAAAACCGUCGAUUCUUGUUUUUAGCGUUAAGUGAGUUAAUGUGUUCCUUAACAGUAUUUAAAUUGUAUUUCUAAAUAUGGACUCUGGUUCGAAAUAAAGAUAUUAUUAUUAUUAUAUUAUAUUAAAAAAAAGCUCUUAAAAAGUCGCAAAUCAAAAAGAUUUCGCAGCCGGUAGGAUUCGAACCUACGCUCCCACUGGGAAUCUGAUUUCGAGUCAGACGCCUUAACCACU